AUGAAAUUAGACUGGGACAGCGAACUUCCAAAAAAUCUAUUACAUGAAUGGCCAAAAUAUAUGUCCAAUCUUCAUUUAUUAAAUAAUUUAAAAAUAACACUGUACAUUAUGGGUUCUGGUAAUAUACAUCGGUUAGAAAUACACGGAUUUUCGGAUGCAUCAAUUGUAGCUUAUGGUGCAUGUUUAUAUUUAAGAACAAUAAAUGAAGAUCAAGUAUGCACUGUCCGAUUAAUAUGUGCUAAAUCUCGAGUGGCUCCCUUAAAAACUAUAUCGUUACCUCGAUUAGAAUUGUGUGGCGCACAAUUACUUGCCCGACUUACGAAGAAAAUUAUAAAAAAAUUAAAUAUUCAAAUACAUGAAAAAUAUUUCUGGACUGACUCAACGGUCACACUCGCGUGGAUUAAAUCCUCGUCAGUGAAAUGGAAAACAUUUGUUGCCCACCGCGUCGGAGAAAUCCAAAGUUAUACUUCGGUCUCUGAAUGGUAUCACGUUCCAACUAAUGACAAUCCCGCAGAUAUAAUAUCGCGCGGUUGCACACCAAAUGAUAUAAGCAAUAACUUAUUAUGGUGGGAGGGUCCCAUUUGGUUGAAAUUAAAAAAGGAAAUGUGGCCGAAAAGCAUUGCACGAAAAAUCGACGAGUCUCAAGAAAUUUUAGAAGCCAAACGGUGGACUCAAAUAUUUAGUGUUCAAAUAGAAAAUUCAAUUAUAGAAAAAUAUUUUUCAUUUUCAAAAUUGUUGAGAAUUGUUUCUCUCUGUCUACGUUUUAAAACAAAUACAUUAAAAUGCAAAAAUCGAAUCAUAGGACCAAUCCAAGCGGACGAGCUGCGAAACACAUUGGUUGUAUUAAUUAAAAUGGUUCAAAACUAA